AAUUUUCUAAUAUUAUUUUACUUUAAAAUAUCAAUAACGGAUAUAAAUACUAACUGUUCUUAAUAGUGCUGUAUGAUAAGGCUAAAUGAUCAUAAUUUGUACUCUUCCUUAGUUGUACUUGUUGUCUGAAAGUAUCAAGGUUCAAUAGAUUUUACCAUUGAGCGUGCUCGUGACAUCAUCAACCCGCGUCAAGCUUUUCUUGUUAUCAUCCUACUUGUUAUCUCGAAUAUUUGCCUGGAUAAAACAAAUGUCAACAGAGCCUCCAGCAGUGAAUGAGGUCUAGAGUUGUUUUGGAGCAGCCCUCCAUCUGGAGCCAAGAUGGGCCAGCAGUUUUCUGGCCAGGCAGUGACCAGACUCCCUGAGAAACUGAUCAAACAUGUGGGGCUAGUGCGUGACAGUGGCUACCUCACCUAUGAUGAGUUCUUGGGUCGUGUGGCAGAGCUCAACGAUGUAACUGCUAAACUAGCCUCUGGCCAAAAGAAACAUCUUUUGUUUGAAGUACAGCCGGGAUCUGACGCAACAGCGUUAUGGAAAGUUGCUGUGAGAAUAGUGUGCACCAAGAUUAACAAGGAGGAUGGAACAGUGGAGGCCUCCCGUAUUAUGAAUCUGUACCAGUUUAUCCACCUCUACAAAGACAUCACCAGUCAGGCAGCUGAAGUAUUUUGUUCAGAGGCUGCAGCAGAGGGAUCAUCUGGACCGCUGUCAUCAGAAGACACCUGCCAGGCCAGCAUGUGGAUGGGCAGGGUGAAACAGUUGACUGAUGAGGAAGAAUGUUGUAUCUGCAUGGAUGGGAAAGCAGACCUUAUUCUGCCCUGUGCACACAGCUUCUGUCAGAAGUGCAUUGACAAGUGGAGCGGUCAGAGCCGAAACUGCCCCGUCUGCCGGAUUCAGGUGACUGCCGCUAAUGAAUCAUGGGUCAUGUCAGAUGCUCCCACGGAGGAAGAUAUAGCUGGGUACAUUCUCAAUCUAGCGGAUGAAGCCGGGCACCCACACAGACCUUAAAAUGAAGCACUGUGCCACUGUCAUACUCACUGUCUCCCCAUAGCAGAUGACCUUCUUUAAACAGUUAUUUCAUAGGGUGACUGUGGGUAUUUGUUGCACUAUAUAGUGUCACUCACUGGAGGCAAUAACUGAGUUUAAAUAAAUGCUGAGUUAAUAAUGAUAACUCAUGAUAACUUAUGAUAAAUGCUGAGUUUUUGACUUUAAUAAACUAUUUUUAGGUUAAUGCAUCAUAUUAGAACACCUGAUUUGACCAAACCAUAGACUUGUGACUGUGAACUGUAUGUAGGUAAAUGCUAGACAAGAUGUAGCUGUAAAAUUCAUUUCCUCGUUGCACUUGCCGUUUUAUCUUGUUUGUGAAGUAAUUGCACUUAAUUGCAUUUGUUCCGUAAAGGCCUUGUAAUACCUGAAUAAGCGUCACAGUAUCAGCAUGUGCAGCAGUUUAAUAGUAUUGUUGCUGUAAUUCAGUCACACAUGAUUCAGUAACAUUAACUGUACAGUUGAUUUGCAUUUAUAAUCUUAGUUGGAUCAAUUGUUAAUUAUAGGGCAUGACUCUCGUAUAACAUUUAUUAUGGAACAUAAUUAGGAUGGAUUAACAUUUGAGAAUCUAAGAUUUAUUUUAUAGGGCAUCACUGACGCUUUCAGUGGAGGUUAGUCACUUUUUCAUAUUUUUUCUGGUUUGAAAUCCCAGACUUUUCAUUCUGCACUUUUGUGUGUAUGAGCGAGACUGUGAAUCUGUGGGCUUGGGGAAUUCACUUGUAUUAUAAAGAUAUGUAUAGAUCAAACUUUAUAUGUAAGUCUAAAUUUGUGUGGCAGUUUAUUAAGAUUUCAUCUAGUUUAUCAAGAUCUACUAAUCUAGUUUAAACAUUUUUUUUUUUUUUUUUUUGCAAUAUUCUCAGAUUUAUAGAGAUGGGACUGAAUGAUAGUAGUUUUAUUGGAGAAAAUGGCACUAGUUGCUGUUUUCUUUUGUGAGAGUGUUCUUUCAAAGAAGAGUUCUUUUAAAUAUGGACUGAACGGGGAUGUUCGGUGUUCCCUGUUCUUGUGUAAAUCUCGAAUAAUAAAGUAAAUUGAAUAUUUUGUUCUAGCUAGUUCUUGUUUGAAGGCUGUAGCAGUGCCCACUACUUCCACUGGGCUGCAGUGUUGAGCAAAUAAAUAAUAAUUUUUCUACUUAUCUGAAAUAUUAACAGUCACAUCAUGAAAGGCUCUUUUUGACACCUCUUUAUUUAUUUUACUUUGAAAGCAAUAUUCAAAUAUUGCUGAACAUAUUCAGCACUCAGGCAUGUUUUCAAAAGCCAUUAUUCCGUAACAAAACAGCUUAACCAUCUCUGUUGGUGUACAAAAUGUGCAAGGUCAAGUACACAAGAUUUUGUGACAAAAGAUAAAACGCCACCC